AUGUCGAACCACAAGGCAUCCCAAUUAUCUUCAAUACCGGCAUGCAACACGCAGGAACGGUUCCUUUUUCGACUUCCCCUAUUUUUGGCACAUCAGAGGACAGCUUAUGCGAUCAUCCAGGAGGAACAGAAGUGAUAUUCUUAAACCUCACAGAGAACAURAUCUUUGAUAAGUUCCARUCUCGACGUGGUGGCGAGGCAAGGAUGCGUGUUUUGAAUGGUAAUGUUCAGAUGGUUUGCAAGUCUCCGGUUCAAAUUAUGUGCAUUAAGGUGUUUGUUUUCCGAGAACCUGAUGCAGCCAAGUUGUGCGGAGACGACAACGGUCGCAUGGAACUUCCGGUUAARAUGGGGAACAUGGAAGUGCCCGAUUGCUCCGGGAUUUAUCAGCAAUUUUUCUCAGUCGAUCUUGAUUCAAUUUACGACGGUCCAAAGAAGCCUGCUUACGAGCUUGCAAAGGUAGAAACAGAAAUAAGAAACCAGUUCCAACUGGCGGUAGAGGUCCAGUAUAUCGGAGGAGCUGGAUUUCAAGAGUUCAUCAGCAUACCUUUCUUGUUAAGAACGAGGCCGAAAAAACCGAAAAAUGGUCCUAAUGGAAAAGCUUCGAAGAGAGUAAGGCUUCCAGAUUCAACCGAUUGUGUGGAGGUUUAUUCGCCAGACACUUCAAGACCACGCCUAGAGAACGGAGUGAUGGCAGAAGGAAUCCAGUUCAGCCCCAGCAGUAUAUCCAACUCGUCAGCUUUUCUCAUGUUGAAAAACUGUUUUGUGUGCAUCGUGAUGGGAAUAACAGACAAACAAGUGACGAUGGAAAUAGAAACCAUGUAUGACAAUGUCGAAAUGACGCUGACUGACAAGUUGAAAGAAGAGCGAAAGCGCGCAAGACGAGUGCUAUGCUUGUCGAUGGGAACGCUGGUGUUUUUGCUUUUUGGAUUGUCUGUUUUGGCCUUUGAGCUGUUCUACCCUGGGUCAGCCCUAAGGGAGGCGAUCUGCAAAGCAGGGAGUAUGGACGGACAUUGGGCUACUUAUAAGUUUAUUGGAUUGUCAAAAGAUCAGUCUUACUUUGUUAAAGGCGUUGAAUUUGCUUCGUUUGACAAACUAAAAGAAAAAGUCAAACCAGCGUUGGAUGAUGUGUCU